UCUCGCAGCGUGCUUCACGCAACUAGGAGGAAUCCAACAUGGCUGCGGCAGCGAGAAAUAAACGCGUGGCUGCGAGUCAGCCUGGAUUUGUAUCCCUCAAAGGUUCUGCGGGCUCCUCAGAUCAGAAUGCCAGUAGGAGGAAACGUGUCAACAAAAAUAAGAAAAAGAACUGGAACAAAUACAGCGACAUUCAGGAUGUCGAGGAGUUUAUGGAUGACGUUCGACUUCAGGAGCGUGCCACGGGGGGUUUGAUCGCAGACAAACCGGAUGACUGCUUGUUUUUUCUGGACAUUGGCACGACAAAGAAAAGCGAGAGUUCCCCAGGUGGAGAGGAAGGACAAAAAGACAAAAAGAAGCGACCCCUGAAAGUUGACCUCAUACUACAAUCAAACUCCCACAUCCCUGCACCAAAAGAUAUCCUCUCCCACCAACAGCCCAAUGCCAAGAAGUUGCGGAGGAAAGAGGAGCAUGAGCGGAAGCUGGCUGCCAAAGGUGUGUUGCCGCGGCGACAGAGGCUUCUGGAACUCCGAAGGGACGCUUUCGCAGCUGGAAGUAUCGUGAAGCCUCUUGCCAACAACAACCCCGAGAGGGCCUUCUAUGACCUUUGGGGAGAGCAACCCUCACAGACCGGAGAUGCCUUUUAUCUUGAACAGACCAAGAAGAAAUUGGUGAAGCGACCAGAGAAACUAAAUGAAAAGCCAUCUGAACUGCCAGCAAUUGAGAUCAUUGCACCAGGCGGUUCUUAUAAUCCAGACUUCUUCUCUCAUCAGGCGUUAUUGGGAGAAGCUCAUGAGGUGGAGGUGAAGAAGCUGAAGGCAGAAGAGCGUGUGGAGAAGCGGCUCGCUGUCAACCGACUGGACAUCGCCACUGAGGAGACCACGUUUAAGGAACAAGUUCAGGGACUCCUGGAUGACGACGACGAGGAAGAGGAUGCGGAGGGGGAAGAACAUGCGGGCGACGACGACGGUGGUGUGGUACCAAGUGCACACCAUGAGAAGAAGACCGAAAGAGAAAGGAGAAAAGAGAAGGCUGAGAAACUAAAGGAGCAGCAGAAGUCUGCUGAGCGAGAGGCGACCAGCAAGCGGCAGCAGCUCUUCAAGCUGCGCUCCAUCCAGUCAGAGCUGAAGGCGCGCGAGCAGCGAACCCGCCUCAGACAGAGCCUCCGCAAGGCCCGGCAGCUGGCCAGGAAGACCACGCCCCAUCGCCUGGGGCAGCUCAAGUUCAAGACUCCUGACCUCGAGCUGCAGUUGAGUGAUGAACUGGCCGGCUCGCUGCGUCGACUCAAGCCAGAGGGCAGUGUUGUCAUGGACCGAUUCAAGAGCUUCCAGAAGAGAAACAUGAUCGAACCCAGAGAAAGAGCCAAGUUCAAGAGAAAGUACAAGCUGAAGUAUGUGGAGAAGAGAGCGUUCAAGGCCAUAACAUGAAGACUGGUGUUGUACAUGAAGACUGGUGUAUUGUACAUGAGGACUGGGGUACUCUACAUGAAGACUCGUGUAUUGUACAUGAUCGUGUUGAAUAAAACGUAUGCAGUCCAUUGCAUUGCUUACACGUAUGUAAUUUGUAAUUCAGUUUCCAAUAAAAUUAUACCAAUUGUAUAUUCUGGACAUGGUG